UUUUACGCCGUGUACGUAUGACGUAUGUUUAGAGAUGGCGGCCCGCAGUGACAGGUCGUGUGUUGUGAAACAUGGGCAGAUCUUGUCAGAGUGACUCUCUGUGUGUGAUCUGUCACGACAGGACCUUACACGUGUUGUCAUACAAAGCAUGCGGAGCUGAACCCGGUGAUCGCGUGUGAAGAUGGUGGCACGUCCGUGAAUGAAGCAGCUGUGUCAAACUAGGGGAAAAUGUUUUCACGUUUGUCCUGCAGGACUCUGUCCAGCCGAGGACAGAGGACGCUGAGUCUGUUCUCCAGCUCCGGGUCUUCAAACUGGACCAAAGUGGUGUCCGAUGCGGAGAAGAUCGUCGGGUAUCCGACCUCCUUCAUGAGUCUCCGCUGUCUGCUCAGUGAUGAACUCAGCAAUGUUGCCAUGCACGUCAGGAAGCUGGUCGGGACUCAACACCCUUUACUCAACACUGCGAGAGGCUUUGUCUACGACAGCAAGAACAACCUUCAGAUGAGGGGACUGGUCGUACUGCUCUUGUCGAAAGCUGCUGGCCCGAGCCACGCAGCCUCCGAUCUCCUGACUCAGGACAUGGUCAGCGGCAUCUAUCCUAGCCAGAGGAACUUGGCAGAAAUCACAGAGCUGAUCCACACAGCGUUCCUGGUGCAUCGUGGGAUAGUCAAUCUGAAGGAGUGGACGGUUUCGGACGGCCCACUGAAGGACAUGCAGUUCGGGAAUAAGAUGGCCGUCCUGAGCGGCGACUUCCUGCUAGCGAACGCUUGUACCGGCCUCGCCCAACUGGAUAACACUAAGGUUGUUGAAAUGAUCUCAAGUGCCAUCGGUGAUAUAGUUCAAGGACUCUACUAUGAGAAUUCAAAUAAUGUUGAGGAGAAUAGCCUCACCGAUGGCAUCGACAUGGCGGCAUGGGAGGAACAGGCAUUUCUGUCCCACGGGGCGCUGCUGGCCAAGAGCUGUCAAGCUGCGAUGGAGCUUGCCAAACACAAUGAGAAGUCCCAAAGAAUGGCCUACAUGUACGGCAAGCACCUAUCACUGGGCCACAAACUUAACUAUGACCUGCAGCCGUUUGUGAAGAGCAUGGGAGAGCCGGCGACGUUUAGUUUCAGCGCCGCCCCGGUGGUUUUCCACCGUAAGAUCGUUGGCGAGGAGACGUGGCAGCAACAACUGCAGCAGGCAAAAACAAUGAGAAACCAACUGGAUUACUCAAAGCUUUUGGCAGCAGUUAAGUCGGAGAAAGGCGUGAGCUCAGCUGUGGACUUAUGCUGUUACCAUGGCAACAAGGCUCUGGAGGCCAUCCAGGCUUUCCCCUCCUCCGAGGCUCGAUCCGCCUUGGAGAACAUCGCCUCCGCCAUCACUAAAUUUUGACCUGGACUAACACACGCACACACACACACACACACACACACACACACACACACACACACACUUACAUCUAAAGUGUCUUUGUCUGCAGAGGCAACAGGACGAGAACCAGUGAACAGUUGACACUUCAGAGACAAAUGAACUCCUUUUGAGCCAGGUACUGGCUCGUGUCCGGAGAAACUGUUCUGCUCUGUUGUGGAUGACAGUGUGCAUCAGAAAUGCAAUGGCUAUGUAUCCAUAAAAGGUCAUCAUUAAAAAAAAAUUCAAAAACA